UCUUUCUCUUGUUCUGGAAGGGGGUGUGGGCCCCUCAUGGGAUAGGCUCCCUACUAGUAAACGAACACACGCUUGUAUAGUACACGUCUUAGCAUGCUCUUAUAUACCCAAACAUUUCAAAACUUGAGCAAAAAAUUCCAAGUGUCACAAGUUUUGAUACACACUUGACACUGUUUAUUCCAACAGAAAAACGAAUGGCUUCUUGGUUUGAAAGACACAAACUGCAGAAACCCAAAGAAGUAGAAACUCCUCCAAGAAAUUACAAGAAUAGAGAAAAGAAGCCAAAAAGCUUUGAUGAAUCCAUCUUGAUACCCCAAAAAUCUCCAACAACUUUUGCAGCUAUUAAUGGUUACUCUUCCUUAUCUUCUGUUUCCCAUUCCUACACAUACACAAAUGAAAAGAAACCUCAUCCUCUUCCUUUGCCUUUGCCAUUGGAUUCACCUCAUUUCUCUACAAGAUCAAGUAGUGGAUCUUCCUCUACUUCAUCUGAUCAGUUCAAUGAUGAUGAAGAAGAACAAGCUCAAGAUCACUUGUCAUUUAGUCCAUUCAGGAAUAAGUACAAUGAUUGGACAAGAACUUCAAAUGAGAGUUCAAAGUCUACCUCGCCAACAUAUCCAUUGUUAUGGGGAAAGAUUUUGGAUUCUCCAAAUGGAAAACAAGAAAGUUGUAAUCAUCCGCGCCAUCCUCUUCCUCUUCCUCCUCCACCAAAUUCUUCUGCUAAAUCAGUAGGGCAAGCUCUCGAGUCCAAAUGGAAGAAAGGAAGGUUGUUAGGAAGAGGAAUAUUUGGGCAUGUCUAUGCUGGAUUUAAUAGUGAUAAUGGACAAAUGUGUGCUAUAAAGGAAGUAAGAACCGUCUCCAAUGACAUAACAUCAAAAGAACGGCUGACUCAGGAGAUCACAUUGCUCAGUCAAUUCUCCCAUCCAAACAUUGUACAAUACUAUGGAAGUGAAUUGAGAGGAGACAAAUUGUCUCUCUACUUGGAGUAUGUUCCUGGAGGAUCAAUUCUCAAACUACUUCAAGAAUAUGGUCCUUUUGAAGAACAAAUUAUCAGCAGCUACACUCGAAAAAUUCUCUCUGGAUUAAUCUUCUUACACGAGAGAAACAUCGCACACAGAGAUAUUAAAGGAGCAAACAUACUAGUAAAUGCUAAAGGUGAAAUCAAGCUUGCAGACUUUGGAAUGGCUAAACAUAUAAACACAUGUUCUUUGAUGACUUCUUUCAAAGGAAAUUCAAAUUGGAUGGCUCCAGAGGUAGUACAGGAUGCAGGAUGUUCCAGUGUUGCUGUAGAUAUUUGGAGCCUAGGUUGUACUGUUCUUGAAAUGGCAACAGCUAAACCUCCAUGGGGCCAAUAUGAAGCAGCUGCAUUAUUCAAACUGGCACAUGGUAAAGACAGUCCUGAAAUUCCCAGAAACCUCUCAGAUAAUGCAAAGAAUUUUCUGAAACUUUGCCUGCAGAAGAACCCAAGUCGCCGGCUGACAGCUGCUCAGCUGCUACAUCAUCCAUUUGUUCAGCAGUAGUGGUGAGAAUAGUAGGUCACACCCCAUCUUAAUGAGAAUCCAUCACUAAUCAGCCAAUUUAACGGUUACAGACACCAUUACACGACUGAACAAGUUGCUCGCUUGGAUCUUGAAGACAGGUUGAGCAAGACGAUAAUGAACAAGAGUUGCUAUUCAAACUAUAGCAAGAUGGGAAGGAAAUCGAUUGGAGAAAUGAGCCUCAAGAACUAAGCCAAGACAUAACAAUAUGAGCUAGUCGCUGGUGUCAAAUUUAAACAGGAGAUAUCUUCCCACCACAUACGACCCAAAAAGCGGAAAAGAGAGUGCCUUUUGAAGCGCCAGUCGCGUAAGUGACAGGAACAGGCCAAGUCAAAAAACCUUGAUAUUCAUAUCAACAAAAGAAAAGCGCCAGGUGCACCCCUCGGUCGGAUCAUCCAAUUCGCUCCAACAACCAUGGAUCUUUGGUCAAAACGGCAACCCUUUGGUUCGGUUUGGAGAAGUGGGUGAAAGAUGUAUAUCCCCGCCAGAGCAUCAGUUGAGAUAAAUUCACCCUCGUGGUGGCAUCACUUGCUCAGUUCCACUCAAUUCAAUCAUGGAUGACAAUAAAAUUCUCAUUUUAGACGUAUAGCAAUCUAAACUCGAUCAUUAUCAAGAAUUGUACAAGCUUAGUUCACUAGCUAGGAUAUACCAGAUGGUAUUAACAAUAAUCAUUGUACAAGCUUAGUUCAAUCCAACAAUUACUGGUCAAAACGAAAACCAGUUCAUGUACAAUAAAGCACCACAAUAUACCUGUUAGCCAAACAAAAUACCUCACAGAUUUCUUAACAAAAAUUCGGCCACUAUCAAUGCAUAACACAACAUGCCUCACUUGUGCAGUAUCAGUCCUGACCAUUAGCAACAGUUGCAUCAAAACCU